UUGUUGCGUCGCGUCGCUGGAGGACGCAGGUGAGUUAAUCCUCUGCGCGCCGAGAUCCGCUCUGACAUGACGCGCUCAGGAAUCCCUGCACUAUUAACAUGACUUCCGCGAAUCAGACUGGAGCAGAGCGGGGAUGUUCCGACCUCGCGACUGCAGAUGGAGGAACACAUGAUACUCACGCUACACACGAGCGACGCAACACACAGCCUGGUUCAGAUGCUGGUUUCAUGGAUCAAGAAGGACCUGCAUUUUCAGUCAAGGAAAAGGAGUCAGAUUUUUUGGCUCAUGAGUUCAUCCCAUCUUCAUCGCACACUUCAGGAUCAGGCCAGCACAUUUGCGAGGGGUUCAAAUAUCUCACUCAAGAGGGACUAGAGCCAGAAGUCAAGACCACCACCACACCAAAACCAGCUCAGGCCUUCACAGAUGAGUCCGCGGCCAGUCAAACUUAAGGUCAGGGGCUGCAUCCCACUGAGAAACUCCAAGAACCAGAACCUGAACAGAUCCUGGAGGACAAGAGGUCCGAUCAGGAGGAUCUAAAGCGAGAUGAUAAGACUUUCAGGACACAGAGAAGCUGUGAAUAUGAGCCAGAGGAAGGGAUGCCAGCCGUGGUGGUCACACAACCUGAAGAGGUCUCAACAGACCAGGCGGAGGACAUACAUUUAUCUGUGAUGCUUGAGGACAUGAUUCACAGUGAUUCCAGUCGCAAUGCGAGUCCCAGCGAUGGCACUGAACUCAGCAGCAGCGACCUGCUGUCCUUAAAGAGUGACACCGUAUCUCUGCUCAGUGAAGCUGCCAUCUCAUGCAAAAGUGAUGAACAGGAGGGACCUGAGGAAGACACUCGGAGCAUCGCCGCAUCUUCAGUUAUGUCACUGUUUCAUCGGGUACAGAUGGACCCCAUUGAGAAAGAGUGGCUGCGUUGUGCAGCGCUGGGAAACGCUACUACCCUGUACCUGCUUCUACAACAGGACCCUACACUUGUCUCCAAAAAGGACUUUGUCACUGGGUUUACGGCGCUCCACUGGGCGGCCAAGCAGGGCCGUGUGGAGAUGGCGGACAUGAUGGCGCGCUCCGGAGUGGACGUCAACCAGAGAGCGGUGAGAGCUGACAGGAGCCAGCGCCCCCACUGACACGCUCACAUUUACACCUCUGCAGGGGCCCGCACACACAACACACACCCAAACACACACACAAAUGAACACCUCCUCCUGCCGCUCAGGCUGCCCGUAUAAUGUGUGUGUUUGCGUAUAAUUAAAGCGUAAUUUCUCUUUAAUAUGAGCCCUUAGGCCACAAACUUCCUCGCCUAUGUGAUUCGACGUGGCUAAUCAGCUAAAUUUUACUAUUAAUCAAACACACUCGCAGCGAGGGCUCGGAUUUAAGUGGAGUGUGUUCGCAUAAACAUGACCUCAUGUUUAUUUAUUCCAGAUCUGCUAACAGUCAGGCAGUGAAUGCUUUGGCCUUCCCCUCAGUUCAUGCAUAUUAUAAUGCACUGUAUCUUAUCUCGUCAUAUUGAGGGUUGGUGAAGUGCAAAGGAAAUACUGACAGGAUCUUUGUGCCUCUGGCAGCACCCCUCCCUCCCUCCCGACCCCCAGCCUUUAUUUGGAGGUCUAUUUUCCCUUUAUCACCCACAGCAUCG